AUGCAGCGAAACCACACGCAUGCGAAGACGGGCAAUCCCUCAGACGCCAUCAUACGGGUUGCUGUCGUCGCGUUCGAUGCAGGCGCAAUUCGGGCACUCAUGAGGAUGGUGGCCUAG